ACAGGGACAGCGUGAUCAUGGUGCUUGGGGAGGGUAGCAAAAAAACUGAUGGCAAGUCGACCGAUCCAGCAAAAGCGACCGAGGAGAAGCGCGUCCCCGCCCCGCUGCGAGAGCGCAAAGGGAAGAAGCAGGAAGGGAAAGACUUGCGAACCCCAUCUAGCAACCUGAAACCUGCGCGUUCCCCCACGGAGGUCGAUUGGAGUUCUUUUCCCGAGGGAAGCUACACACGUUUUGGGCAUGGUGGGGAUUGGUGGACCUUCUUGAAAGGCACACUUGCCAUUUUAACAGUGUGGGCAACCUGGUUAGGGGGGGGCACUUCACCCGUAUGGAUGGCUUGUUUAUACAUGCAUGGGUACCGAGUUGCAUUCUGGAUCCUGUUGGGCCCUUUACUCUAUCCGCUUUUCCUUCCUGUCUCAGCCUGGCCUGCAUUUGUUCGUUUCGUGUUGGACAUGGCCGGUUAUUUUGAGGGUGGGGCCGCCAUGUACGUCGAGAAUUCUUUCAAGGGCAGGAAUGUCAACGGUCCAAUCAUGCUGGCCAUGCAUCCCCAUGGGAUCAUGCCGCAUUCCUUCCUUUUGAACGGCGCAGGCCGGAUUCAUGCCCAAAAACCCGAAUUUUACCUCCCCCCCCACUACCAAGACAUGUCCCUGAAAUCGACGGGGGUGGCGGAACCGCUCCUCUUUCGCAUCCCUUUGAUAUCUGCCUUUCUGUACUUUUUUGGAUGCGCGGAGCCGGCGUCGAAGGCGAUGAUGCACAACAUCUUGGAGCGGCAGGUGCCUUUUGGCAUUUUGGUGGGAGGCUCGGAGGAGAUUUUGCUGAUGGAGUAUCAACGAGAGAAUGUCUACAUUUUGGAGCGAAAAGGCUUCAUUAAAUACGCGUUACAGCACGGCUAUACUAUCGCCCUGGGGUAUUUGUUCGGAGAGAGCAACCUGUACCACACCAUCACCUGGGGCCGGAAGCUCCGGCUUGCCCUUUUCAAGCGCUUCAAGAUCCCAAUCUUCUUCGCCCGGGGACGCUGGUUUUUCCCCCUACUGCCCGAACGGGCCACCCCCCUUAACGCCGUGGUCGGAAACCCCAUCGACCUGCCUCGGAUCGCCGACCCGACCCAGGAGGACAUAGACAAAUACCACGCGAUCUAUAUCGAGAAGCUCACGGACUUAUUUGAGCGGAAUAAGGCUGCCUUUGGAUACCCGGACCGGGAGCUGCAUCUGUUUUGAAAGGGGGGGGGCACCUCCUUGGG